CCUACAAAAAUCACUCGUGGGUGAUUAUGGCUGAAGGGAGCUGAGAGGGUAAUUUCCUGUUUUGUUUUCUGGUCGAUGUUGUCUGACAGCCGUCUCCUCGAGGUCACCUGCAGGAGCCUCCUGUGGUCCAGGAGGGAGGACUGACGUUUGUGUUCACCGAGGAGGAGUCUGUUGGUGGACUUCCAGUAGCUGCCUGGCCACCGCCUUCUUUCUGCUCCCCCCCCCCCUCCUCCUCCUCCUCCUCAUCCGCUACUGCAGCAGCAGCCCGGUGCCUCCCGGAUCCAUGAAGGAAGCCCCUCUGCACGGCACGUCCCCUGCCACGAUGGGCCGCAAGCUAUACACUGCGUUGUUGUGUUGAUAAUGAGAUAUUUCAGUUAUCAAAUAUGAAUCAUGCAUUUUAUAUUUCUGGCCACUUUGCUCGUCAGCAUCCUUUCGCCUUGGCUUCAUCUAUCACUAGCGUCAUCCGAUUCUCAAGGAGUAGGGGACAAGGUUGAAUGGGACGCAGUGCCAGCCUCGCCAGAGCAACAGGCAACUGCAGCACCUGCCACAGACAACACAACCCACCAUGCAGUAGAGCAUGUGAUCACCUACCCCUCCCGUUUGAUAUACUACCUAAACGAGGACUCAGAGAGUACUUACCAUGACCUGGACACCCGGAUCAAAAACCAAGCCACAGACGGGCAGCCGGUCCACCUCGCUCAAGCCAGUUUCCAGUUAGAGGCCUUUGGCUCCAGAUUUGCUCUGGAUCUAGCAUUGAACACUGACUUGCUGUCUUCCGAUUACGUUGAGAUCCACUAUGAGGCGGGGAAACCUGUUCUUUCUAAGGGCGGUGAGCACUGUUACUACCACGGCCAGGUGAGAGGGAACGAUAACUCCCAUGUGGCCUUAUCUACCUGCAACGGGCUGCAUGGGAUGUUUGACGAUGGAGUCUAUGUGUAUCUAAUUGAGCCCUUACAGCAGACUCAUUCAAUCGAUACAGCUGCAAGGCCUCACAAACUAAGAAGAACAGCCUCUAUUCAGUGGAACAAUGAUGUAGAGGAACAGGUUGAGGAGGAGGAGCAGCUCUUCUCAGAACUGGAUGACUUGUCCUGGCUGAAGCGCAGGAAAAAGCGAGCAAUGCCUCGCAAUGUAUUUGAGGAGAUGAAGUAUUUGGAGAUCAUGAUUGUCAGUGAUCACAGUAUGUAUAAACGACACAAGACCAAACAGCACACAAGGAAUUUUGCCAAAUCGGUGGUGAAUUUUGUGGAUGCUAUCUUCAAAGAGCAACUUCACACACGCGUGGUGCUCGUUGCCGUGGAGAUCUGGACGGACAAGGAUCAGAUCCCCGUCAGCGUGAGGCCGCUGGAGAUGCUGCGGGAUUUCUCCAAGUACCGGCAGCAGAGCAUCAAGCACCAUGCCGACGCUGUGCACCUCUUCUCAAAUGCGACCUUCCACUACCGCAGGAGCAGCGCAGCAUACUUUGGAGGCAUGUGUUCUGGGAGCCGAGGAGUAGGCGUCAACGAGUACGGCAGCACCUGGUCCAUGGCGGGGUCUCUAUCCCAGAGCCUGGCUCAGAACCUGGGCAUCCAGUGGGACCCCCCAUCGAAGAGAAAGGAAUGUGGUUGUGUUGACCCGUGGGCUGGCUGCAUAAUGGAGGACACUGGGGUCCAACACCCACGGAGAUUCUCCAAAUGCAGCAUCACAGACUACAAGGACUUCCUUUUGAGAGGUGGAGGCUCAUGUUUGUUUAACAGGCCAACAAAGCUGUUCGAGUCCACAGAGUGCGGAAAUGGCUUUGUGGAAGUGGGAGAGGAGUGCGACUGUGGAGCGAGAGCAGAGUGCUACAAGGACUGCUGCAAGAAGUGUUCCCUCGCCAACGGGGCGCACUGCAGUGACGGCCCGUGCUGCAAUAACACAUGUCUGUUCUAUCCACGAGGUUACAGCUGCCGCUAUAAUGUGAACGACUGUGACAUCUCAGAGACCUGCUCUGGGGACUCUGGACAGUGCCCUCCCAAUCUUCAUAAACAAGAUGGCUACCUCUGCCAGGUUAACCAGGGCCGCUGCCUCAACGGAGAGUGCAAAACCAGAGAAAGCCAGUGUAAAUACAUCUGGGGGUCAAAGGCUGCAGGCUCGGAGAAGUUCUGCUACGAGAAGCUGAACACGGAGGGCACAGAGAAGGGCAACUGUGGGAAGGAUGGAGACAAAUGGAUCCAGUGUAGCAAGCACGAUGUGUUCUGCGGUUACCUUCUCUGUUCCAACAUUGGCCGCAACCCACGCAUCGGCAUUAUGAAAGGAGAAAUCACCCCAGCCUCCUUCAACCAUCAAGGCAGACUGGUAGACUGCAGUGGUGGCCAUGUCCUUUUGGAUGAUGAGACAGAUUUAGGCUACGUGGAGGAUGGUUCUCCUUGUGGGCCGUCCAUGAUGUGCCUUGACCGCAAGUGUCUACCCAUCCAGUCUCUCAACAUGAGCACCUGCCCAACUGGACCUAAUGGACAGGUGUGCUCUGCCCAUGGGGUGUGCAACAAUGAAGCUACAUGCACCUGCGACACCACCUGGGCGGGGACAGACUGUAGCAUGCCUGACCCGCCUAAAGAGCCUGAGGCCAUUCAGGACGAAGGACCCAAGGGUCCUAGUGCCACCAAUCUAAUAAUAGGCUCCAUCGCCGGAGCCAUCCUUGUGGCUGCCAUAGUGCUGGGGGGGACUGGAUGGGGCUUUAAUCCGUUAUUGUUUGAGGUUGAGACUUAAAAUGGAAGUGUGAGAGCGACACAGAGACAGAGGCCAGGACCCUUUUUGUUGGCCGCAGCCUUUGUGCCAUGGCUGGCCGCACCCACCUAAGAUGGCCAGGCUCCACCCUAGAACAGAGCAGGACUCUCGGACCCCGCCCACACCAGCUGCCAUUGCUGCCUGCUUCACAGACCUGAAAUGUGAAGAAACGUCGAUACGACCCCAACGCCUCAGCCAUUUAACCCGAGGAGAGAUGGCAAUAUGAGACGGACUCUUCCAAGGCUUCCUUAGUUGGCUACCUGACAGCUGGACUGCACUUAUUGCUGCUGAUCUUUGGCAUUAGAUUUACUUGAAAAAGACAUAGUGGACAUUUUAACAAAUUCCAUCGUAGUGACGUUAGAAAUGCAGCCUUUUCAACUCAUCUCACUCAUGUAACAAACCCCCCCCCCCCCUGAUCUCUAGAGUGACAGAGCUCCUCUUCCAUCCUUUAGUGCCAGUGCACAGGCGUUCAGGCGGAAUCCACACCACUCUCUCACCUGGCAUGAUUAUCCGCACAAAAAGCGUGCUGCUUGCUGGCCCCCUGGAAUGAAGAGCCCUCUCUGCAGGGCUCUGCAUGGCUACAAAAGCUACAAAUAUACUGCAAAAAAACAUACAAAGAGAAAAAAAAACGGAAUGAUCUAAUGCAGGAGAUGGCCUUGUUAAAGCCAAACCCAGUGGAAAGCAGUUGAAGACUUAUAGCUCACGUUUUAGGUGCUGUAAAGGUUAAGGAGGCUGCAUGUGAGGACCCAUAAGGGAAGUGCAGACCACAAAGUGAAUGCACACACGCAGAAUUGUACAGAUAAGGAGUUCAGGUUUGGAAUUAACAGCAUAUUUUACCAAGACAUCAAUUGCUUUUGUUUUUUAUCUUAGCAUGUUGUAUAGCGGGUGUUUUUGGCAAUGUUAUUAAAAGAAAAUUGGCCAACAUUAUUGACACACGCUGCACACACAGCCUCCUUCGGACAGAGUUCAUAUUCAGCGGACAGAGCAGCCGUGGUGGUCGAGGAGAAGCAUGUCAGUUCUAGAGGGAUUCGGACUGAUGUCAGAUUAACAUCACAAAAAAUCCCCCCCUCCCCGGAAGUAUCUUCAACCCGCGACUCAAAAGCCAAAGAACCAAUCACCUGAACAUAUGGAUGUUGUUGCACACAGAGCACUUUCCCCUCUGUCUGCAGCCAGUGGUGCCUCUCCUACUGCUGAGGCAUGAAGUCUGUCCAGCCAGGUCUCACGUAACAGUCCUCAUCAACACCCACUAUACUGGCUUAACCUUUUGCUCUCAUAAACUCUUAGUAGAAUCAAGGUCAGCUCUACUGCUAACGCUGCAUGCAAUCACUAUAGUGGGCUUAUAAAUCUAUAUGGGAGUCCCCAAAAAUCAGCAAGAAAAAUAUGCUACAAAAGAUAGGUGCAUGUCAACGACAAAAACAUUUAACUUUUAUUUACUAUGCAAGGAGAGAUAUUGCACAAAUGUAUGGGUAAUAAUGAUAUCAAUGUAGUACAUGGAAUUACAAAAAAACCUUCUGCUAAUCAGCUAAUCUUUUGUAUUCGGCCACUCCCUCGUCUCGUUUCACUUCCACGUACUCAAACUAUGAAUGGACAAACAGAAAACAAGGAAUUAAUUGAUAUUUCCAAUGAAAAAGCGAGAGAGCACCCUUUUACAUUUGUGGAACUGAAAAUCAUUUUUGUGUGUUUUUCAUCUGGUCUGAUAUUUUUUAUCUCACACAUGCACACACACGUACACAAACACACUGUAUGGUGCCUGUACAUAAUGAGGCCUGAACAGUUUCCUUGUGCAGGGCUAUUAUUUCCAGUCCAGCUGAUAGUUGGUGUGUUCCAGGUGCUGCCAUAGCACUGGCAUCGAUGUAAUCCUCCAUGUUACUCAUCAUAUGGCGCCCCCCUCUCACUGCAUCAUGUACAGUUCGACCAAUGAAUAAACUAAUGACAAAUUUUA